AUGUUAAAUCCGAUUAAGUUUAUAGUGUGGAACAUUCGUGGUGCUUCGAACAAGGAGUCAUUACGGCAUAUUCGUCGCACUUGUAGAUCAAACAAUAUUCAUUUUCUGAUUCUAUUGGAGCCAUUAGCCAAUGUUUCUCAUUUGGGGAGUGUGCAGCUGUUCUUGGGUUUUGAUUUUGCUCGGUCCUUCGUGCACAACAAAAUUUGGAUAUUCUGGUGUUCAGAUGCUCGAUAUUCUUUUGUAGAAGGCUCGGAUCAAUUAGUUCAUAUACAUUUGUCUUUCCCUUCUUGUUCUUCCAUUAUUAUUUCGGCUGUCUAUGCGAAGUGUAACAGAAUUGGUAGGAGACGGUUAUGGGAGGCUCUGGAGCAAUUUUCCACAUCUAUUACUCUUCCAUGGAUUGCCGUAGGGGACUACAACGUUAUUUCUUCCGCAGAGGAAAGGAUUGGAGGAUCAGCCCCGAAUAUUCGUGAUUUGGAAGAAUUCAACUCUGCUUUAAAUCGGAGUGGUCUAUUUCCAGUUCAGUUCGAUGGGUCUGCUUACAUAUGGACAAAUGGUCGCAUGUGGCAGCGACUUGAUCGAGCGGUCGUUAAUAGCGUUUGGCUGUCUGAUAUUGAGAUGACUCGAGUUGCUCAUCUUCAGAGAGGGCGGUCUGACCAUUGUCCGUUGCUGGUCAGGAGAGGAAGUACGACAGCACGACGGUCUUCAUUUCGAUUUCUUAAUGUCUGGCGAGGUCAUUCCAAUUUUCAACAAACAGUAAGGUCUGCUUGGGCUCAGCCUGUUUCUGGAGUUGGAAUGCAGAAAUUCUUUAAUAAAUUGCAGCAGACCGCGCUGUUUGCUCUGGCAGCAGACCGCACUGUUUGCUCUGGCAGCAGACCGUCACUUGAUCUGCCCAAGCUUACGCAAGAGGAGAACGACAUGCUGUUGAAAUCACCAUCGGUAGAAGAAGUUUAUACGGUAAUAUGUUCGUUUGACCCUCAGAGUUCUGCGGGGCCUGAUGGUUUUGGAGGGGGUUUUUAUCAAAGUUGCUGGGAGUGUAUAAGGGACGACUUCAUGGACGCGGUGAAGGAUUUUUUCGCUGGUACCACAAUGCCCCACGGAUUUUCAAGUACAACGAUCACAUUACUGCCCAAAAAGGAAGGUGCAUGUGAGUGGAAAGAUUUCCGACCAAUAAGCUUAUCUAACGUUAGUUCAAAGAUCAUUUCUAAGAUUUUGUCUACCCGCAUUAAUCAACUCCUUCCUAAGUUGAUUUUAGAGUUUCAGAUUGGCUUUAUCCCGGGCAGGGGAAUACAAGAUAAUGUUCUGCUAGCUCAGGAAUUAAUUCUGGAUUUGGACAAGAAACUGCGUCACCCUAACGUAAUAUUGAAAUUGGAUAUGGAGAAGGCCUAUGACAGGGUGGACUGGGGGUUUUUAUUAUACAUGCUUCGUGAAUUUGGCUUUAAAGAAGGUGUGGUAGAUCUGAUUUUUCGAUUAAUAUCCAACGUUUGGUUUUCUGUCCUGGUUAAUGGGGAGCUCACGAGCUUUUUCAAGUCGACUAGAGGGGUUCGUCAGGGGGAUCCUUUAUCUUCCACUCUUUUCCUUUUUGUCUCGGAAUUUCUUGGAAAGGGCCUUCAGCAGCUGUUUACUAGGAAUCCAGGAUUUAGAUUUUUGACUAAGGGAGGGCUGGUCCCGUUUCUUGCUUUUGCCGAUGACGUGAUUAUUUUCACGCGGGCAUCGUCUGAAUGUCUGCAGGCUGUGUCGUCCUUUCUACGAGAAUAUCAAACUCUUUCUGGCCAAAAAAUUAAUCUCUCCAAGAGUCGUUUCCUUUGUUCGUCGAAGCUUCCUUCGGAUGUUAUCAACUUAAUUCAGCAAGUAACGGGAUUUCAUGGGCAGUCUUGGCCUGUCAAAUAUUUGGGAGUUCCACUUUCUCUUGGCCGUAGUAAAAAUGUCUUAUUUGAUGGAGUUAUUGCUUCCGUUAGAGCAAAGCUUCGUCAUUGGAGUUCUCGGUUUCUUUCUGCUGGGGGAAAGCUCAUCUUGCUUCGUCAUGUGUUGAAUUCAAUGCCUCUUCACCUCUUGCAGACGGAUUCAUUGGUCUUCCUGGGAAAAAUUAUGCUUUCCAGUCGAAGAAGGGGAUUGGGAUUUCGAUCACUGUUGGACUUAGAGAAGGCUUUUGCAAUGAAAUUAUGGUGGAGAAUACGUCAAAAGAGCUCUCCUUGGGUCAGAUUUAUGCACCGUAAGUACAUUGGCGAACAGCACCCAUUCUUGGCUGCGGCUGCUGUUGGGUCGGCAACAUGGAAGCGGGUCUGUUCGGUUCGGGCUAUAACUGAAGACAAUAUUCGUUGGCGGCUUGGUGAGGGAUUCAUCGAUUUAUGGCAUGAUCGAUGGCUAUUCGACGAACCUCUUAGCAGACAGUUUGCUGGUGUGCCUCCUGAUUUUUUAGUAGCUGAGUUUUAUACCUCUACGGGGUGGAAUACUGAACGUCUCCUCCAAGUUCUUCCUCGAUCUGUUGUUAAUAUUAUUUCACAAACACUUGUUGAUCCGACCCUUAAGGAUGAAUUGGUUUGGGCUCCUUCAGCGGAUGGUACAUUCACUGUGUCGUCAGCCUGGGAUUUAGUUAGACAGCGGCGUAACCUGUCAUUGGUUUGGCGUGGAAUUUGGUGUCCUUUGCUGCCUUUAAAAAUGUCAUACUUAGUUUGGAGGGUAUUGGCUGAUUUUCUUCCUCUGGACGACAAGCUCCGUUCUAGAGGAAUUUCCAUGGUUUCCAAAUGUGAUUGCUGUGGUAAUGCAGUGGAGUCUUUGAAUCAUAUUUUUUUGCAUGGCAGUAGAAACGAUGCUCGGUUUGGAAAUAUCCCCCCUGUCUAUUCUAAAGUUAUUUUCGAUAUCAAUGGGUGGUUGGUUGCUACGGGGGUUGCACGCAUGCUGAACAGAUUUCAGUUGGAGGGGGAUACGGAUACGUAUUUUGCACGUUACUUUCGGAUCAAACCAGCUAAAUCCUUAUGUCCGAAGGCUAUAUCAUGGAUGAAGCCUCCUCGAGGGUCAAUCAAACUUAACACCGAUGCAAGUGUGUCAAAUGGUUUGUCUAAAGGCGGUGGAGUGAUACGAGAUUUUGAAGGGAAGAUGCUUGGUGCUUUUUAUAAGGAAUUCGGGGAAUAUGAGGUGGUACAUGCGGAGGGCUUAGCAUUGUUAACUGGUCUACAGUAG